AGUAAAGAGACUCUCUAUAUAUACUUGAAUUGAAUAUGCGGAGUACCAUAUGGCCUCUAGCCCUCUCCUCAUUCUCUGAACCAUAAAAAAGAAACAAACAAACAAACAACCUAACAAACAGCCAGGCAAGCUCAGCUCCAGCUGCUCCUUUGGCAUUCUAGCUACUUGCAACGGAGAUACAUUCUGAGAUGCCGGCGGCGGCGGAGAUCGUCGGGGGGCGGCAGAGCCACCGCGUGAGGCAAUACGUGAGGUCAAGAGUGCCUCGUCUCCGGUGGACUCCCCACCUCCACGCCUCCUUCCUUCACGCCAUCCACGCCCUCGGCGGCCCCCACAAGGCAACGCCGAAGAGAGUGUUGCAGAUGAUGAACGUUCCAGACCUCACCAUUUCCCAUGUCAAAAGUCAUCUCCAGAUGUACCGGUGCAUGACCCCCGCCGCCGCCGUCGUUGCCCUUUGGCGGCCGGUCUUCUUUAAUUUCAGCGUCGAAGAAGACGCCGGCGGCGGGGAGUGGGUUGAAGCCGGAAAGUGGGCACCGGAAAAGAGCUUACUCCGGCGGGGAGAGGAAGGAGGAGCGUUUGAUUUGUCCGGAUCACGGCGGCGUCACAGAGCUCAGUGUAGUGCAGCCCAUCAUUAGUAGUAUUCCCUCGCCGCCGUUGUCGUCCUCGUCUUCUUAUUCUCACCUAACUGCUAUAGAGGUUGACUUUUUCAAGGUACCCAUAAUACCCCUUUUAAUUCCUCAGUUUUAUUACUCCGUAUUUUUUUUAAAAAAAAAAUACUCCCUCCGUCUCUAAAUAAAGUUCCAUUUUUGAUUUUUUGAGGAUUUAAGGAAAGGAUAUUUUUGUGUUGACUUUCCAAAAAUACCCUUGAUGUGAUGUGUAAAAGUAAGAUGCGAUAGGUAGGUUAUUAGUAAAAAGGUAUGAUGUGA